UUUCAACUCGCUAGACGUGUAAUUUACGCUCCCAUUUUUUCAACAGAAAAAAAAUAUUGAAAAAAUUUAUUUUUUCUUUUAUUCUUUGAAAUAGCAAAAAAAAGUGGCGGAAAAGGAGAAAAUUUUCACUCGACAAAAACGCCCAGAAAAUGAAUAAGUGUUACCUUAAAAUUAAAAAAUAAAUUAUCAAGUGCAAUUUUAAGUUUGAUUUAAAAAUUUUCAUUUCGUGAAGUUUUUUUCUUCAAUUUUUAUUCAAAAAAAAAAAUCUUUUAAUUUCGUGUGAGACCGAAAAUUGAUUAUUUUUCGCAACAUACAAACCAAAUGAGAGAAGCAGCAAGGCAUCAUAAUUAAGCUUCAGCAUUUUUAACAAAAAGUCGAGACAUCAAGGGAAAUUUUGCUUCAAGACGAAAAAAUUUUCAGCAACAAAAAAAAAUAUUUUUUUAAAAAAGUCAAUAAGGAAAUAAAUACGACGACAUAGCUUUUCUGGCUUCAUUUGCCAUUUAUAAAACAAGGAGCGAUUAUCUGCGAUUGCAUAACCACAUCAUAUUUUACACAGCAGUAAAAUAAUUUCAUAUAAGAGGAGCGCGACAGUGCCGAGAAAUAUUCACAACGUCCCGCUUAUAUUGCCGAUAGCCGAUCAUCAACAAACGUAAAUAGAAGAGAAAGAAAAACACUUUUUUUUCCUCUCAAACGUUCGGAAGCAACAGCAGCAGCAAAAAAUUUUAAAUAUAAAAAAAUUCGCUGUAUAUUUUUUUUCGUUAUUGCUACGCUUUCCUAUUUCCCGCUCAGUCAAUAAUCGGACGUCAAGCGACAACAAUUGGACAACAACAAGGAAUAUAUUUUCUUGAAUAUAUAAACAGCUUGCCAUUCGCACUACAGCUUUCAAUAAUCAAUUGAAUUUCAAUCGUGAACACAGAAGAUAAAGCUCCGACUGCUUUAAAAAAGAAAAAUGUCAAGAAUGAAUGGACAUCAUCAUGAAGAAGUGGAAGACAAACUUGUCGAAGUUCCACAGUAUAGCUUGAUUAAGUUGCGCAAUAUGUUUAAGGCUAAUUGGCCGAAAAACAUAACUGCUUAUUACUUGAUUGAGAAUUAUAUGGAAUGGCUCGAGAAGGUCAACAAUAUCAAGAACUUGAAGAUCUAUUGCCUUAAUGGCGAAUGGAGAAAGGAUGGAACAUUUGUUAUCAUUGAUCGCUAUCGCUUAUUUAUGUAUACACUCGAUGAAAGCAAUAAGAAAUUGAAGCGCAUUCUUAAUUUAUUGGAUUGGAGCAAAGGUUUUGAUGUCUCGUCUGUUUGUCAGCGCCAUUUAACUGCUGUUUUGCAAGUCAUGGAGAAGAAGCGAUUGCCAAUUGAGAAGUCAUUCAUGUUGAAUUUCCAUUAUUUGCCGAAGGAAGAAGCUUUGAAGUUCGAUACAGCAUCACCUGAGGGAAUCUAUUUAAAGCAAUUGGUACCCGCCGAUGGUCAGAAAAUUAAUGAUUUAUGGCCACAUGCACACAAUGGAUCCUUAUACUUUAUUCAAAGGUUGAUCGAAAUGAAUUUAAAUAUUGGUGCUUUCACAAAGGAAGAAGACGAAUUGAUUGCAUGGUGCUUAAGAAUCGAAAUGGGAAGCUUCGGCAGUCUUCAGGUUGACGAACGUUUCCAACGUCGCGGUCUUGGUUCAUUGAUGGUUAAGCUCAUGUCACGACGUUUAGCAGAACAAUCAAAAGACAUAACAGCCGGAAUUGUCGAUUCCAACUACAAGUCACGGCAAAUGUUCCAGAAAUUGGGAUUCAAACACAUUGAUGAUACUCACUGGUUCACAAUCGCCCCAACAAUUCCACAUUAUCGAUGGGUCGAUUAACUUUGCUAAACAUUUGCGGAACUCUCUUUCCUUUCAUCUAUAUUUGAGGCUUUUCUUUUUCUUAUAGUUUUUAACAAACCUCUUUAUAUUAGUGAUAAUUUGAAUCAGUUCUUUUAGAUCAAAUUUUAUUGUAUUUUUAUUAAUUUAUUUAAAGAGAAAAAGAUUAUUAUUAGGCUGUAAGAUACACACACACACACAUACACACAAAACUUUAUCGUCAAAAAUUCAUGGAGAUUCAUAAGCUAGCGAGUGUGAUUUUUUGAGAUGCAAGAUGUAAUUCAGAGGGAAUUUAACUUCUAAAAUGAACUAUAUAAAAUUUAUUGUCUAGAUGAUUCAAUGGUAGAAUUAAUGUCGAACUAAUUUUUUUAGUGUAAUUUUGUAAAAGUUUCAGUAGUUUGAGGAUAUUCCUUUUUAACUAUUGAAUAAUUACAUGAUAAACAACAAAAUACACAUAAAUAAGCGGUAAAUUAAUAUAUAAAAAAAUUGUUAAAAAAAAGUCUUUAAUGUGAACAAAAAAAAAGUUUUUUCCCGCCAAAAAAUAUUAAAUUUCAAAAUAUUUAAAUUCAAAGACAAUUUCUACCAUUUUUAAAAGAUUAAUCUAGUAUUACAUUUGUGAGUUUAAAUCGAGAUAUCUUUCUAUAAAAAGUACAUUUUCCAUUUUAAAUUUCAUAAUUGAAUCAAAACCGAUUUAAUCAUGCAUUUUUGACGAAUCAUUUUGUGCUUAAAAUUGAGAAUUAAUGACUUAAUAUAAUAAUUAGUAACUAAAGAUUUUUGUCUUUUUGAAGACUUAUAUAGAUGAUAUGAUAUGAAUAUAUGCGAGUUGUACACUAAAAUCAAUAAAAAGGCAGUUCAGGGCGAUGCAACGAUGCCUAAAUUGUGAAAUUUACGGUGUCGGAGACUGAUUUGGAACCUUUUAAAGAACGAAACUGUGGUUCGAAGUUGGAUGGCUUCAGUAAUCAGGAAAUUGAAGAGCCAGUUUUAAGGUAGCUUACAGCAGAGCUUUAUUCAUAAAGCCUAGCUUGAAGCUAACCUAAAACUAGCUUUUUAACAGUCUAGUUGCUAGGAUGGCAUUAGGUUUCGCUUCGAAGUGCUUUAUAUAUAUAGUGAUGCAUGAUUUUGAAGCUAUUUAAUCAUCUGAUUGGUGAAAUUUGCCAAUGAAAUGAAAAAUGGCGCCAAAAUUGGAAGUGUACUCCUCGAGAUUGAGUGUAGUUAUGUUCUAUGCAACUAUGGUAAGCUUCUCAAUGAAGCUUCUACUUCAAUGACGAGUAGUUUAAUUCAAUUAUGUAUUACAACUGAUGGCAAACGUGAAAGAAUUAUAGGAUUCACUUCCUAUAUAAUUAUUUCUAAUUUUGUCACGAAAAUAGAAACGCAAAUACGGAAAUAUAUGAAGAAUUCUUGCCUAAUGAGCUUAAAACGAGCCUUAAGCAGCUAUUCAGAUUAUAAUGGGAAUCCUUACAACUGAAUUGGCCUUGAAUUGUUUCCUAUUUACACCUUUACGUCAAGCAAUGAGCAACACUGUAAGUGGUAUAGAGCAUAACAACAUUCAAAUAACAUUUUAAUAAUACAGUAGUUUGCACCGUACUGUGAACUUUAUAAUUAUACCUUUUACCUUAAAUUUUUUUAGGGACAUAUUUUGAUAGAAGAAAAAUUUUAUUAUUGAAUAUUUUAGACUAGAAAAGAAAAAAAAAACUUAUUUUUAUUAUUCUUAAUUUAAUGAAAAAACAUAAACAAAAGUGUUAACAAAUUUAUUAAAAUUAUAAGUAAUUUGCUCAACCUCUUUUUGGUUCAAUCCUUUAAUAAAUUUUAAAUUUUGAUUUAUAAUUUUCAAAAUUCUAAGAAAAACAAAGUUGGAAAAAAAAAAUUUAUUGCAUCUGAAUUUGAAAACCAGAUUUAGAAAUAUCUAGAAAAAUGAAAGAUGCACACCUAGCGCACCAAAAUUAUAUUUCCCCAUAAAUCAAUGUCUUUUUAAAAAAAAGAGUGCUAUGAAAUUGUCUUAAAAUUACACACACAAAAAAAAGUUUCAUAAUUAAUUAGAUUAUAUCACAGAGUGGCACUUUGUCGCUGUUAUUCGUAUUAAUCAAGAAAAAAAAAUUAAUUAAAGAAUAUAGUGAUGAAUAUGAUAAUGAAAAGUUUUUUUUCUUUUGAGAUUUUUUUUUAUUAAUCGAGCUUGUUUCUUGAGUUGGGAAGAGACUCAUUUGAUUGGAUGAUGAUAUUUACAGGGAAUUUUAAUAAUUCUAACCUAAAGUAUUAGACAACUUAAUUGAGGGUCUACCAAAUGCCAUCAGCCAAUUUACAUAAUUAUGGUACGACCCUUUCUAAUUUUGUCAAUUUAAAGCCUUCAAUUAUUCCCAGCCAAACUGUUUCAAACCAUUUCUAUCGUUUAUCUAACUCAGUGUUUCUCAAACUUUGAUCUACGGAGCAACAAUGUUCCACAAGUCAUCCUAGAUGUAGCAGCUAAAUGAAUAAUUUACUGCCCUGCACUCUGAGAAGUUUAAGAAACACUGAAAACAAUCCUAACCUCGAAAAUCAUCCAUUAAAAUGAGUAAUACCGAGCGACAUACAGCUGCUCGGAUUCCCAUCUCAAUAAAAUGUCGAGAGCUGUCGCGGUCAUUCGCAUAUCAUCAUAUAAUCAAAAAACAUUCGAGACAAAUUUUAUUUGUUGUAAUCUGCGAUAUUUUCUUAUUCACGGGAAAUCCGAAUAAAGAUCGAACAGCUCUUCGACACGUCGAUGUGUAUUUUUAUUUUAUUAUUUGAGAAAAAAAAUAUAUAUGAAAAAGUAAAAGAAAAUCACACGAAAGACUUUGUGCUCUCGCCUUAUUCCGUUUGCGAAGUAUCUGUCUGUGAAUUAGUCUAGAAAAAAGUAAUUUAAUUCUUUAUUCUUUUCUUUCUUUCUUAGUCAACUACCUCUUGAUUUAUACAUUAUGAGAGAGUGAUUGUUGAAUAUUUACAUAUUUCUUAUGAUUAAUCUUGUUAUUCAGUCUUAUAAAUUCAUUAUGAUUGAUUACAUUCGGAAAAAAAAUCUUGAUUUGUUGUUGAUUAAUGAUUUUAAUGAUAAUUUUCAAUUGUUAUAAAUUAGUUUUAGUGGACAAAUCAUGUAAACGAUUUAGUGAUUGCUGCUAUGGAACCAAAAUUAUUGUCUACUUGAAGUUCUAUGGAAUAUUAAAUAAUUUAAUCGAAAAAUUACCUUAAAAAUAUGAAUAUUCUAAUUCUUGAAUGAAUUGAGCUCGUUUAAAUGAAAAUGUUUUAAAUUUAUUUGUUUACUAAGCACUUAGGUUGAUCUGCAGGAGGUUCAAGUUUGUCAAACGAUAUCAAAUAUUUUAAAUAUUGAUUAGUUGUUGACUAGAAAUGGAUUUAGGAAUUUUCAUUCAUACGAGCUUAAUUUUUUUAUUGCACUUAGUAAUUUGAAGUAUAGAAUUGUAAGUUGAGCACUAUUUAAUAGCUUCUUUUAAUUAGAUUUGCAAAUAAAAUUAGUUUUAAAUUAAAUAUCAACAAUCAAGGGUGUCAAACUACGAAAAAAAACCUUUUCACACCCCAAAUUCAAACUUCAAAAAGUCCAUUAAAUUUCAAAUAUUAGCUUUUUCAAGUGUGUUGGCUUUUAAUUGUGCUUAAGUCACAAAUAUUGUAAUGGAAAGUUCGUCGAAAAUAUUCAAAAUAAAAUGAGAAAAAUGUUUCAAAAAUUUGUCCACUAAUCCUUAAACAAACAAGACUUCCCAAAAUUUAAAAAAAUGAAAGUUUUUAAAAAUCAAAAAAUUUACAAUUCAAAUUUCAUUUAAUAUUUAUAAAAAUUUAAAUAAAACAUAAAAUUCAAAUAAAAGAUCCAAAAAAAUGAUAAUAGAUUUCAAUAGAUGUUGGAAAUCCUCAAAAAAAAAAAUAAAUAAUGACAUAAGAAAUUUAAUCUCCCACAAAAAAAUAUAAAAAAAAAGUUCUAUCCGCAGAAAUGUCAUGUAUAAAAUAUUAAUUAUUUUAAAAAUAAUUGAUGUUUUUUGAGGAACGAAAAUAUUUUUGCAUUUGAUGAACGAUAAGCUACUGACGACUCUUUUUUUUAUAUUCUGUUUCUUGUGAUUGUACAAAUGAUGCUGAUGAUGAUGAAUUAAUGUGAAUGCUAGGUAUCAAAGGUUAUUAGAGCUCUGUGACUUCAAUUAGACACCGUACAACCCUCGACAGCUGGCGUAUUAAGUAUCAGAUUCAGAUGUAGGCAGACCAAUUUUGUGUCAAUCAAAAGAUUAAUUAGUAAUUUACCAGCAAUAAUGACCUUUGAAUUCACCUAGAGCUAUGAAUUAUAAUGAAAUAUGAAUUAAAACUUUUAAAUCUUUAUUAUUUUUUAAUGUCAAAGAAAAGAGGAAAAAAGUUUUGAAAAAAAAAAUAUUUCUGUCAAAUUUUGAUGAAAAAAAAAAUCAAAAUGUUAUUAACAAUAUUACUUAUAUAUUAGAAGAUUGCAAAAUAUUUAGCAAGUGGGUUGGAUGAUUGAAAACAAAACUAUUAAUUGCAAAAUAAGGAAAAGAAAAAAAAAGUAAUUAAAAAAUU